AAGAGUACUCAGUCCGACCUUGUCUGGCUCACGGUCCCGCGCCUUGUUGUGCGUAAACGCCGCUAAAAUAGUUGGCGGCGUUCAAAGCCCCUUCAGGCGCGUACAACUUUGGACUUGAUUCAUGUUUUUAUUUGCAACACAUCCACGUCUGGGUGAUGUGCACAGGAAUAGAUCAACACUACUCCAAACCUCUUCCGCAUAUUGGAUUACUGUGCAAAGAGAAGGUCGCCAAUGUCCCUCCAAGGAUUCUGGAAAUGAAGACUGCUGCUGACACGGAUUCGGUAUUUUUCGACUUUUGAAACGUUUGUCUGCGCAGUUUUAAUCAAGGGCUUUUCUUCAACUCACGAAGCAUUUUCUCCCUGCGCGGGACUGCUCGUUGAAUUGCUUAUAUUUGAAUAUAAUCGAGUUUUGGAUGAACCCUGUGCUGUGCGUUUUGCAGUGCGCACAUUCGAUCAUAAUGCAUGUUAUUUAGGACAGAAUCUGUCUAUAUAAAGUGCCAAAUUCAGCCGAAAUGGCCAACGAGUGUAAUCGCAACAUUGUGGAAAAGUACAUCUGCCAUAAACUCUCCAAACAGGGCUACGUGUGGGGAUUUGACGAUGUCCGGGAUGAAGAUGCUGCUAAUAAUGGGUCAAUAGUUGCCCCUCCACCGACUUUGGUCCGCCGGUGCCGUGAAGACAGCACCGGGCCUGACAGCGAGAGCAUCGCCCACCUCUGCAAACGGCUCCCCCAGUCCGACCCGCACGCCGCCAUCCACAGAGUCCUGCGCGAGGCUGGAGAUGAACUUGAAAGACUAUACCAGCCGGACUUCACGGAGAUGUCGCGGCAGCUGUAUCUCACCUCCACCACGGCGCAGAGAAGGUUUGCCGAGGUGAUAGACGAACUGUUCCGGGACGGAGUGAACUGGGGCCGGAUUAUCGCUUUCUUCGAGUUCGGGGGCACGGUGUGCGUGGAGUGCGUGGCGAAGGAGGGGAUGACCCCACAGGUGGACAACAUCGCGGAGUGGAUGACAGAGUACUUAAACGGACCUCUGAACAGCUGGAUACAAGAUAACGGGGGAUGGGAUGCCUUUGUGGAGCUGUAUGACAGACAGAGGGACUCCAUCUUCAGUUGCUCCUGGCCCUCCAUUAAGACGGUUUUCGGUCUGGCUGCACUUGGGGCAGCUAGCCUCACCAUCGGAGCAUACCUAACACAGAAGUGAACAAGCCCUCUUUCUACCAGCGUGACUUUCUUUCUCAUCCUCCUCCUCCUCUUCCUCGUGCCUCUCUUUUUUCCUUUUAAAGGCGCCCCUGACCCCUCAGAGACAACCUGCAGACUAUUCCGAAUCUGGCUCUCUUCAAAGCCCUCUCUCAGAAAACUCCCUCUUCUUCACCCCUCCACGUCAAAACAGACACACAUCAAAACAACUAAAGCAACCCCGAUGCACAGCCCAUACGGAGCAAAGGACGUCUUGAAAAGAGGCAGCUUAGAUGUAAUCACACUAAGCUGAGUGCAGCUGAGGAGAAAAGAGGAUUUUAUUUUGUUCUGCCUGCUUCUGUACUAGUUAUAGCAUGAAUGUUGAGUGUUAGUGUAGACGUUGCAUGUGUCAGAGCUCAUGCGGGACCUCUAUUUGGAGGCCUUGAUGAUAGGGGUGCAGGGACAAUGAUGCCCCACACUGGAGAGGCCGCAGCCCCGCCCCUGCUUGUUAGGGUGACAACCCCGUUUGAACUGUGGACUCCAGUUACCCCCCUGAAGCCGUCCUUCAAAGGACUUCCUCCACAGAACAGCUGCUCAGAAUGUAUAAUGGAAACAGCUUGCUACAACCAGCGAGUUGUGUGUCUACUGCUUUCACUCCUCAGACAGCUCCAGUGAACUCUGAACACAGUGCACCAUUAUACCCUCCCUGGCCUUUAGUAUGUAGAGGAAGGGCCAGUGGAAGACUGAGUUGUGCCGAUCUUUCUUUUGCAGAGAUUUUUGAAAGCGGAUUGCGAUUUUUAUGCUGGUUUUAAUUUUUGCAGCACGCCAAACCCCAAAUUGUGAAAUUUUACCGCAGAAAAAGAGGAGAAUGGAAUUCUUUUUUUCAAGGAGUGAAAGACAUGCCAGGAAGCCUGUUGUUGCAGAAAAAAGUCAUACGUUGGUGAAUAUACUGAGAAGAAUGUUGAGCACAGCACACAAGACCGAGGUAGAAGUAAAAGAAACAGUGCAUUUUGCGUCUUAAGAAGAGAGUAGGCCCCUGCAACAUAAAGGGACCAGAUUUUAAGUGUGCAUUCCUCGAGCAAAGCGACAUGAACGAGACCGCUCCAAGGCUAAAAUAACUCCCCUUUAAAAGCAUCAUCACAGAUUAGCACCAAGCAACUCCAAGAGCUAUCAGUUCUUUUCUAUUUUCUACCUCUGUUGCAGCUUUCUUACUCUUAACUCAGUCCAUUUGUGGUCAGACUGUUUGGGCUCACCCAGGUUUCUGAGCUGACCCUGUCAACACGUGUCCUCCAGCUGACGAGGCCCCACUGAGAUUCUGUAACGCAAGAAUCCACUCUUACAAAGACGCCUGUUGACGUGGACUGAGGAAAAACUUCGCCUCGCCACAGAUGACUGAGUGGAACACCACGGCAGAAGGGUUUCAGUUUAGGGCUAAGGCCAGCGUGUCCCGUGAGCUGGAACCUGAGAUGUCCCUUCUCUCCGGUCUGCAAAUGCAUUCAGUCAUUGAUUUGUUCCUUCCAGCCUGUUUUAUUGAUGUUUGUCUUGUGUUACAGUCUGAUAAAAAAUAUGGAAAAGCUCCACAUGCUCCAAAAUAUUUUGUUGUACACAGUACUUAGCAAGUUGGUUAUGAAAAAGUGAUUUAUUUUACUUUCCUGUCAUCAACUUUGUUGUUGCAUGGACGAAAGAUACUGUCUCCACACAUAAAUAUUCACCGUGUGUAACCAUAUUUAUAACAGAAUAGGGUAGAAGAUAACAAAUAACAGCAAAGGAGUUGCAUUUUCUAUUUAUUGAGAGGUACCAGAUCACAGAUUUUUUAACAGUACUUUGAUGAAAAAAUGUUUUUUCACUUUUUUCUAUCUAUGGAAUCACACUGUAACUACAUUUUUUCCCUUAGCUGCUAUUAUAACAAGAAAAAAUGUAUAAAAAGUGAAUUUCUGUGUCGUAUUAAUGUUGGCUUAAGGCUGCUAUAAUGUCAUUUUAACUUUCACUUACAGCUUAAACUGCCACAGAUUAACAGUAUAGUUCUAGAGAGCUGGAAACCAAAGUUAACUUGUAUUGAUCUUUUAAUUUAAAAAAAAAAGUAGCUUAAGGAGAAUACAUGUCGCCUCUGUACUAUACUGUACUAUAUCAGCUUAACUUUUGUCAACUUUGUGCUCCGGUAAAGACUCAGUGCUUAUCUGUAAAAUGUUGACCUGCCAGACUUGUCUCAGUUAUCACCAUAAACCCCCCAAUUCCCAUAACAACAGCUCACAGUGUGUGAUACUCCUAGUGAUGUGUCAGAGACAAAGAGGAGGUGAUUUAUGAGCAGGAAUAAGAACUGGUUAACAGCAAUAUGUGAUUUUUAUAUUCUCUGUGCAUAUAUGAAUGUAGGCACUAUGGUUGCGGUAGGCUACUGUUUUAUGUCUAUAAUCACAAACCUGUAGCACUUAAAAAAAGUGAAUUGUUUUGUUGUUUACUGCUAUAUCCAUGAUAAGCUAGCGGGAUCAUAUUGUUCCUAAUAAACCAGAUUUCUCAAGCA